GCUGUAGCGGCCUGCCGGUCAGAUAGUUGCCGGCUCUGGACGAGCUGGGGUUGCGGUUGCAGCGAGGGUGAAGCCGGGGGUUCAGCGGCGAGUCUGUCUGUCUGUCAUCGGAGGGUUCAAUAGGCAGCUCAGUGUAAAAUGUCUGGAUUGUUGAGAUCGGACAUCAAUUUAAAAGAGCCGCGAUGGGACCAGGGGACUUUCAUAGGAAGAGCCAAGCACUUCUUCAUGGUGACUGACCCUCGCAAUGUUCUGGCCUCGAGUGCAGAACUGGAGACAGCAAAGACUAUUAUUGAAGACUACAAGCAUGGCAAGAGCCAAACAAGACUGACAGAAGAUGAGCUCUGGCACGCUAAGUACCUCUAUGAUUCCGCCUUCCAUCCAGACACCGGGGAGAAGAUGAUUCUGAUUGGACGGAUGUCUGCGCAGGUUCCCAUGAAUAUGUCCAUCACUGGUUGCAUGCUGACCUUUUACAGGACAACACCGGCAGUAGUCUUUUGGCAAUGGGCCAACCAGUCCUUCAAUGCAAUCGUUAACUACACCAACAGGAGUGGAGACGCACCACUGACAGUGGGCCAACUGGGCACAGCAUACGUCAGUGCAACUACAGGGGCAGUGGUCACAGCUCUUGGGCUGAAGUCUCUUACAAAGCAUUUGCCUCCCCUGCUUUCUCGUUUUGUGCCCUUCGCUGCCGUAGCUGCUGCCAACUGCAUCAACAUCCCUUUCAUGCGACAGAGAGAACUUAAGUAUGGGAUACCAGUCACAGACGCCAACGGAAAUCGACUUGGGGAGUCAGUCAAGGCAGCACAGCAAGCCAUUGUCCAGGUUGUAGUGUCUCGCAUUGGUAUGGCGAUACCUGCCAUGGCAAUUCCCCCCAUUAUCAUGAACGCUUUGGAAAAGAAGGCAUUUUUAAAGCGUUUCCCAGUCUUCAAUGCCCCGAUUCAGGUUGGGCUAGUGGGUCUUUGCUUGGUCUUCGCCACUCCUCUAUGCUGUGCACUUUUUCCACAAAAAAGUUCCAUGAAGGUUUCCAGGCUCGAACCAGAGCUCCAGGCUCAGAUUCAGGCGAGAAGCUCUGCUAUUAAUGUCGUGUACUUCAACAAGGGCUUAUAGGCUGUUGUCACAUAAUCAGCCUGGCCAGAAUGGUAAACAAUUCACUUUUCCAGCAGCAGUAACUGCCCUUCCACCUGCAACCUGCCCUUCUCCUAAGUCACCGCAGGAGGAAGUAUUGUUGCCCAACAUAGAAAGAUACUAAACAAGGGAAAACAAGUUACUUGUACCAUUGACUACUCUAAAUUUCAUUCUCUUUGUAAAUGACCUGGUAGAUGUUUAAACAUUGAAAAUUAAUACGUCCCGGGAGAUGAGAAUUCCUGAUGGGAAAUUGAAUUUUCAGAUGGAAUUGCUGAGGUUUUUAAAUUACUGGGAGUGUGAAUAAAUAAGUUGUACCCAACAGCACUAACUAGCAAGAUGACACACACGUCAAACUGUACAAUUGCUCAGGGAAUCCAUAAUUCAUCUCGUCCAUUUCCUGCUUGUGCAGUUUAAACUUAGAACCUUCCAUAUUCAUUUUCUCCACAGCAAAUUCAACAAAAGGAUCACACAUACAUAAGGCACUCUGCUGAUUGUGUUGCUUUGCACACCCUCAUGAUUAGCAGUCAGUUUGAUUUCAUCAUUUUAAAAUAUUACAAAGUACGUUUGAUUUGGUUCACGGCCCUUCUUCCUUUCUCACCUUUUCAGACUUUGAGAUGAUUUACUAUGGGUAGCAGGGAAAUAGCUUCAGUUUUAGACAGCACCCAUUGCGUUUGCAUUUAAUUAGUUUUUCAGUCUGUUCUGGGAGGAAUCUUCAUUCUGCACUUGCACAAGAUUCUACUUUGAUCUGAAAAUUCAUAUCCAGCACUACUGAUCAUUUUAAAUCCUGGAAUAGCCAAAAUGUGCUUUCACAUGCUGUGAUCUUUUCCUGGUCCGUCAAAUUAGUAACUUAAUUGAUUCAAUGUUUUCUGAUUUACUACGGGUCAUGCUUCAGAGAGCAGAGUUGAACACAGCACAGGAAAACAGAAGUAGGGCACCUUAAGGCUACCCCACCAUUCAGUAUGAUCAUGCUUGAUCUAAGAUGGCCUUUUAGUCCACCAGAUCCCUACAACUCUCAAUUCCUCAAUCUUUCACGUAUUUAUCUGUCUCCUCUUUAAAAAUAUCUCACAAUCCUGGGGAUAGAAAAUUCAGUAGAUUUAUUAUUCUCCAAGAGAAUGGAUUUAUAAGCACCUGAGUUUUGGAUGAUCAGUUCUUUAUUAUGUUAAUACGUCUCCUUGUUCGUGACUCUCCCAAAAGUAAGAAUAUCUCGGCACCUACCCAUCAAGUUCUCUUAAGAUCAUAAGUAAGUUCACUCCUCAUUCUUCUAAACUUCAUGGAAUGCAGACCCAAGAAAUUAAUCUGCUUGUUUGUGAUGCUUCUCCGCAAUGAAGAGUACACGUACAUUUUAUUUGCUCAAAGGCAAAAUCACCCAGGACAGCCCAGGGGCGUAUGGGUUCAGAAUGGUUUAAUGUUACACCCAUCAGAGUGGUACAGCAAGUAACUGGCCUUUUGCCUGCCUGUGACUUUGUCCAUUCUCACUCAUCCCAUUUCUCAUUGAGACCUGCACAGUUCUUUCCUGUUAGCUGACAUUACCUUGGGAAUAUAUGUAGUGUCUCCACCGCAAAACAAAAGGACAUUAUCUGCUUUUUCCUUACUGGUCAUUAUCAAUUCACUUGCCUUCUUGUCUACAGAUCCUACAGUUUUUCCUGUUUAUACAUCCACAGUUGUCCAUCUUGUUGUUUUGCCAUUAUUUAUAGCUUUCUCUUGAAAUCUGUUUUGUCCUUUAUGAACUUUUACAUAGGAACAGAAAACGUACAGCACAGUACAGGCCAUUCAGCCCUCUAUUUUACUAAGCUCCAUGUACCUAUCUAAAUGUUUCUGUAAAGAUCCUAACGUAUCCGCCUCCACCACCGUUGCCGGCAGCCCAUUCCACACACUCACCACACCAGCCCUUACAUUUUAUAUACUGUACUUUUCAGUUCAACUGUAUCCUUGACAUCCUUUGUAAACCACUGGUGUCUUUUUGUAACUGGGAUAAUUGCUUACUAAGCAUUAUGGAUCAGCUGUUUUAAUACCUGCUGCCGAUGUUGAUCUAUUGACCUGUUUUCCAGCGUAUUUUCCCAGACCACUUUUGCAUUUGCCUUGUAUCUGAAGGCAGUAGAUUUGGCCCUCUUGCUGUUCACACUCACAUGGCAGAUGAGUUUUCAAAUUGCAUCCCUCUCUCCUGCCACUGGGUUGUCAUAGGCCAGUGUUUCUUCCUGUUUGCGCCCCACAUACGAGUUCCUAAACUCCUCCAAAAUGCUUAUGACAAGGUGGGUAGUGGUACGAGCAUCAGCAUGCGAUUGUGGUACUGAUUCAUGUAUCCAACAGUGGCCCUUGAGAAGUUUUGUGCGUGGAAACCUUGUGACAACAAGUCUGAAGCAUCAAAAGGAACUGACUGAUUUCUCCCAUUACAAACAAGAGUAUCUGUGUGAUAAUCAAUUCUACUUGACGCAAGGAGGAACUUGGACCACAAAAUACGAACUUGUAUCAGAACCAAAUUAGGCCAUUUGGCCCAUUGAGUCUGCUCCACCAUUUCAUCAUGGCUGGUUAAUUUAAUACUGUUGUUUUCGGAUGCCUGGUAUGACAGUGCUGGUGUCCACACUGAGGCAGGCAUCUGUUCUUCUUGGCUAUCUCAACUGUCCAAGCGUGCUGAAAUAUGGAUUUAUAUAGUAGAGCUGUGUGGCCUCAUACGGGUACCUUGUGAAGUGCACUCAGACUCUUUGUGAAAUCCCUGGUCAUAGUCCAGAUUAUAUGAGGUAGCUCAAAACAUUUUAAUGCAUUCUACUUUUGAAAGCCAGAAGUAGAAGGGUUGUGUGAUAUUUUUGUUUAAAACUGUGUAAUAAGUGACUUGCAGGUAGUUGAUUAUUGGUGUUUCAUAUGUCAAUGAGUGAGGGAGUUGUAAAAUUAAUAGUAAAAAUUCAAAGCUUAUUAUUUUUACAGUAUUGUCAGGUGUAUUGUAAGCAGGAUUUCCCUGGGGAUUAAAAACUUGAUGCUCAUAGUGGAACCAGUCACUUUGAAACCACAUGCUUCUUAGUUAACCAACACCCCAAGUUGGGCUUUGAAGUCUUUGAAUGAAAUAAACAGUAUCUAAUAUAGCACCUAAAAAUAGCAGCUUCAGAUAUAGCACCAACCUCGGAACAAAUAGGCAUAAUGAAUGGAAGCAGGCCUGUCCUGCUCUGCCAGUUGGCUGAUCUGAUCUCCUGACCUCACUCUUUUCCUCACUGCCCAUAUUCGACAAAUGCACCUGGAUAAGAGUCAAGCAGGUGGAAAAGAUCCAAAGAUCUGGGUUAUUUAUAUAUCCUUCACCCUAGGUUGCUAGAAUUGUACACUUUCCACAUUCUGUGCAAGGGUGUUUCCAAAGUCUGUCUUUUUUCAGUGGUCUAAUCGUUUAACAUGGCAUAAUUCUACAAGUUUUUAAAUGGAAUAAAAAUUGAGGAUCAUUAAGUUAAUAGAUUUUCAACCAAAGAUUUCUGUAAUGUAGGAUCUGUCUUGGUUCCUGUGGGUUUAGGCUGAUACACGCUGGGGCUACACUGAAGAUCAAUGGGCUUCCAUUUAUUGUCAAAGUUGACAUUGCCAGCUUUGGCCAUUGCCAUUGGAAAAGAAGUGCCUCUCUUCAUUCUUCAGACUCCACACAAAGCGUGCCUGUAGGAUCUAUGGGGCAACUCCCAGUCAGAAUCACCCACUGUUGAUAAUUCCUGGUUUGGCACUGGAGGCCUUUGCACUUGCCUUGCCCCAGCAUCCAAGGAAAGAGAGGAUCAGGAACCACCGAACCUGCUGAAGCUCAGCGUUCUGGAGGAUUCUAGUUUCUAGUACCAUUUAGCAUGUAUGUCAAUGCUAUGUAAAAACUUCCUACUGUUAUAAACAACAUGUACGAUGUAAAAUCAAAAAUGUAUGUUGGGAUAUCAUACUGAAAAUAUCAUUGAAAGUGUUGGGGAUACAAUUACUGACUAAUGCACGUGAACCUCUUUAAAACUGUCCAGAGGUCAUCUGCAGGUCCCAGUUCUUCACACCAGGAAGACAGCAAUCUGCAAAUCAAGUGCUCUCCUGAUUUCUUGAUUUAUACAUCUGGCAGGAAGCUGUCUAUUCCUAAUUAUUUGGUAAGCCUAAAGUGAAUUGUAAACAAAUGUUCCGUUGGAGAAAAUAACUGGAGGAACAUUCAAUGCCUUCCCUAUUGGGACAAUGUAGAAAUUGUUGGAAACAAUAGUGUUUGGAAAACUUAUGAUCUGACUAUAUGGGUAUUGCUGCCAAGAUCCCCUAAUUAUCCUGUUAGACAACAAAAGGGAGGUAAUCAUUAAUCAACAACAGUGAUACUUAUUGAACUUAAUGUCGUGCUAUUGGAGAAUUAAUUAUUAUAAUAUCUAUAACAAUGAUCACAAAAAAAACACAACUGAGCAAUAUUUGUUAGUGCACUUUGCAGAGCAUUUUCUAUUUAAGUUGUUGUACCAAAGCACAGUGGCUGAAAGGGAAAUAACAUUGUUAACUAUUAUUGAAAGCAGUGUUAGAGUGAUUCACAAUAUGAGCUAUCAGAAUAGCCAGAAUCUCAGGAAUGGUUCUCCCACAGGCUUUUUCAUUCCCGGCCAGAUUGGUCUUGAUCUCCACUCCAGAUUUUGUUGGGUCAAGAACAAGAUGAUUUUGGAGAACUGUGGUGGAAAUACCAAAUAUGACAUGUGUUCCUGUUUAUCAAACCAUGUAUUAGCUGGUAGAAGUGACAAUGUGCCCAAUGAGUUUUUAAUGUGUGUGUUUAAUUUAUAUGUUGAAGUCCCAUGAUUUAUUUUGUUACAACUAUUAUGAUGUACUUGUGCAGUUGGUGUAUGUGACAGUGUGGAGAUAUUCAGAUGAAAAGAGGAGAAAUAAAGCAAGUUUGUGCUUGGUUAUGUCCC